ACAAAGUUGAUUGUUUAUAAAUUCAUAAGUUUUACGCAAGCGCAAACUUUUAGUUUUCAUUGAAACAAUAAAGGAAGGCAUUUAGUAUAAAAUCUAUUUUUGCUGAUGAAAGAUAUGUCUAUGGAAAAUUUCAAUAAAACAUACAAAUCAGAUAUAAGAUAUGCAAUUAAUACUUGUCGAUGGAUUGCAUUAUUUUUGGGAUUAUGGCCAAAUAAUAAUGAGAAAUUUUUAAAAAAAUUAUUAAAAAUAUUUAUAAAUUUUUUAUCAAUUACACUAAUGAUAUUUGUUAUUGUUUCUUGUAUUUUAUUUGGUAUUUUUGAAUUAAAUGAAAUAUCACAAAAAAUUAGCUUAACAGGACCAACAAGUUUUUAUAUUAUGGCAUUUAUGAAAUAUUCAAUAAUUUUAAUACAUAGUCAAAAUUUGGAAAAUUGUUUUCAAUUUAUGGAAAUUGAUUGGCAAUAUCUUAAAAAUAAUGAACAUCGUAAAGUAAUGUUAAAAUAUGCAAAAUUAGGAAGAUCCAUGACUAUUCUUUGUGCAACAUUUAUGUAUACUGGUGGUUUUUGGUUUCAUAUUUUAAGUCCAUUAACAGCUGGAGCAAUUGUUACGCAUAAAAAUAUUAGUUGUCAACCAUUUCCACUUCCAAUUUAUGGCAAUUAUUUAACAACAGGAGAGAGUCCAAUUUAUGAAAUUAUUUAUUUUACACAUAUUAUUGUUGUUUGUAUAAUGGAAUCAAUAGCUGUUGUUACAUUUAGUUUUGCGGCAAUUUUAACAAUUCAUGCAUGUGGUCAAUUUGAAAUUGUUAUUAUUUAUUUAAAUGAUCUUGUCAGUGAAUUGGAAAAGGAGAAAAUUUUUCAUCUCAAUGAUAAAUUAAUUAUUACUGUGAAUUCACAUCUUCGAGUAUUGAGUUUUGUUUCUCAAUUGGAAUCUGUUUUUAACGAAAUAUGUUUUAUUGAAAUUAUGGGCUCAACACUUAAUAUUUGUUUACUUGGAUAUUACACAAUUAGGGGAUGGAAAAAUGAUGAAGAACUGGCAACUAUAAUAUCAUAUACUAUUAUUCUUGCUUCUUUUAUUUUUAAUAUCUUUAUUUAUUGUCUAAUUGGAGAAAUGGUGACUAUGCAGGCUAGAAAAGUUGGUGAAAAAAGUUACAUGAUAGAAUGGUAUUUAUUGCCAAGAACAACGUCAAAAGAUUUAUUAUUUUUUAUUAUAAUUUCACAAUUUCCACCAAAAAUUUCAGUGGGAAAAAUUUUUGUAUUGUCUUUUGAAACUUUUAGUGCGAUACUUAAAACAUCCGCAGCAUAUUUAAAUGCUCUGUGGAAAAUGUCACAUGUUACACCUGUGGCAUUUAGUUUUGUUGCAAUGUUUACAUUACAUGCGUGUAGUCAAUUUGAAAUUGUUAUUUUUUAUUUAAAUAAACUUCUCAAUAAAGUUGACAAUGAAAAAUGUACAAUUCAUGAAAAAUUUGUUAUUAUUGUCAACUCACAUCAUCGUGUUAUAAGUUUUGUUGCUAAAUUAGAGGCUGCAUUCACGGAAAUAUGUUUAAUAGAAAUAUCGAUUUGUACAGUCGCCUUGUGUUUGAUAGGUUAUUAUAUGAUAAUGAAUUGGAAGGAGAACAAUUUUGCUAAUGUUGUAACAUAUAUAAUUCUUCUAAAUGUUUAUAUUUUCAACAUUUUUAUAUAUUCAUACAUUGGAGAACUGCUUACUACUCAGGCCAGAAAAGUUGGUGAAACAUGUUAUAUGAUAGACUGGCAUCAAUUGCCAAAAAAUAUUUCGCAAGAUUUGUCAUUUUUAAUUCAAAUUGGUCAAUUACCAAAAUAA